AUAGAACAGGCGAAUUCCUGCUCGCGCCCCCGUAUGGCGGUGAGAUUUAAACCGUUAACGUUUUAGCGGUAACCAACGGUAGUAAACAGCUUUUAACGUUAGCAAUAAGAGGAUGGAGAGAGACAGGGGUUUUAACUUCAAACUGUGGGUACCUCCGAGAGUAAGUAACAGACAGGGUUACAGUAAAUGUUCUGACAAAGAGCAGCGCAUACCUUCCCCCAAUAUAAGCAUGGUUGCACCAACUAAACCAACCAGACAAGACUUCCCCAAGAUGAAAGUCGUGCCACCAAUGGAACAAGACGAGAAUAAUUGCAAUCCUGGACAGCUUUAUUCCAAGCUGUUAGAUGAAGUUGAGAAAAUUAAGUGUUGGAAGAUCAAAGCUGACGCUGACACCGCGCAAAAGGAAAGGAGACUCCAAGAAAACAAAAGAACAAUUGAAACUCAGCGCAAAGCCAUUCAUGAAUUGCAGUUUGGAAACGAAAGUCUCAGUGUGAAGCUGGAGGAACAGAUCAGUGAAAAUGAGGAUUUGAGAAACAAGAACAACGCAACAAGGAACUUGUGUAAUCUCCUCAACGAUACUUUUCAGCGGACAGCUGCGAACAUACAUUUAUUUGAAUCUGAAAGAGAAGAAACACAUCAUCUCUUUAUGGAUAACAGUGAAAAUGUUCAGAAACUAAUUGCAGCAUUCGAAAGCCUUCGUAUUCAAGCAGAAGCUGAUCAACAAGAGAUGCAGAAAGUCAAAGAGGCCUUGCUGCAGUUUGAAGAUCUAAAAGAGAAAUACCAUCAGGAAUAUAACCUGAAAGAAAAAGAGGUUUCUGUGCUUCAAACAAAACUCAAGGACACUGAGAAUGAACUGCAAAAAAUCCUGCUCGACUUCCAUGAAGCCCAGACGCAGUGCAAACAGCUUCAAGAGGCAACAAAUGAGCAACAGGAACUUCUCAAAAGCUCAAAAACCGAACAGGAGUCCCUUCUUCAACAACUGCUCAACGCAGAGCAGUGCUAUGAAGAAGCUGAGAAAAAAUAUGAAGCUAUUGCGGCAAAGCUGGAACAGAAUAAAGAAGAGUAUGCAAGGACGAUUCAAAGCAGAGACUUAAACUUGGAAGAGCUCACCAGAGUUAAAGAUCAGCAAGCAGAGAAGAUGGAGCAGAUCCAGACAACUAAUCAGGAGCUACAGAAUUCACUUGCCUUAGAGAUACAGAGAGCCAGUGAACUUGAGGAUAAACUCAUGUCAAACAACCAGGAACUUGAAAGGACAAACACACUUUUAGGAGAGACCAUGGAGCAGAGUGCAAAGAAAGAUGGGCAGAUCAAAAUCUUUGAAGAUGAACUGAUCAAAGUGCAUGAGCUGCAGGAACAGUUCAAGUCCAAAUCAGUCAUUGCAGCAGAGCUUGAGAAUGAGGUACAGAAGCUCAGAUUAACAGCAGCAGAUGCCAUCAAGAACAAAGAAGACACAGAACUGAAGUGUCAACGCAAGAUAGCAGAUAUGGUCGCCCUGAUGGAAAAAUACAAGAGUCAGUAUGACCGGAUGGCUGAAGAAAAGGAUGUAGAACAUGAUGAGAACAAGAAGAAAGUGAUGGAGGCUAUUGCUUGUCAGAAAUCACUGGAGUUGGAUAUCUUGAAGCAGAGGGUGGAUAACGAUCAGCUGAAGGAGCAGCUGAAGACAGAAGUGACAGAGAAGGAAAACCUGCAGAAGGAGCUAACUGAUCUGAAGAAAGAAAUUACAUCAUUGAAAAUGACUCAGCUGUCAGCAGUAAAAAACAAGCAGUCACCUGCUGUGAACAGUAAACAAGUGAGAUGUUCAGGGACCCCAAAAGAGAGUUCUUCAAAGGUGUUUGACUUCUCCAAGAGCAGGAAAACUCUGUCCUGCAGCCAAGAUGGAAGUGCAGCAUUUAUGAAGAAAUCUGUUAAAGAAUUUGACUCUGAAUCCAAAAGAAGUGGAAUAUCACCAAAGAUCAAGGAAAUUCACAUUGAAGACCUGAAAAUCGCAAAAAACAAAAAAAACAGGGUGGAAGGAGCAUCAAAGAUCAAAUCCUAUAGGAUCAAGACACCCCCUCCUUCUCAGACAGCACACUGGGAGAAGAGCGUCAUAGAGCUCGACCCGAAGUCUGACAGCUCUGAUCAAGCCGAUCUCUUUGUCAAGUGCCCUGUCACUCACAAAUCCCCAGGGAACUCUUUGAAGCUAGCUGCAAUAAAAAGGAUGAGAGAUGCUGGUUGGACUGCUGUGAUUGGCUGUGACAAGAAAAAAAAGAAGACCAUUGAGAAGAUCUUUGCAUAAAUGGUGCUGUUACAGUUUUAGGUGUCCAUGUUUAAAUGUUCAUAACAUGCAUACAUCGCACGGUUAGGAAUCAAAUAGACAAUAAUUGUAUUAGCAAGAGGCACAUUUAUUUCUUAACAUGCAUAGAAAGUAUUGCUGUGGAUCAGUUAAACAUCGUUCUUACCAGAAAGAUUUAGGUGUUCGUGUUCCAGUUCAUUUUGGAUUUAGAAUUAGAUUUUAAGUGAUUGUCAUGUUAUCCUCUCCACUUUGAACUUUGUUGUAUGUAAUAAUUUGUCUUUACCGGUGUUCACAUGAAAUCUCAAUGGUUCUGCAUAAGCUUAUGUUGUUGUUGUGGUAAAUGUGUAGUUCUUCUGUAUUACUAUCUUAAUAUACAGUAUAUUAAUGUAUUCCUGUGUCCUAGCAUUGAAAGUGAUUGAAGUAAAUUUGACAGCAUUGUCCUUG